AUGAACAAAAUGAAAAAGAAUAAUUGGAAGGUACUAGGCUUGGGAGCGUUGUCUGUCAUGCAGGGAUAUCAUAGGAGGCUGUCUAGAAAGAUUCAAAACAUCUUUUUUACGACAUUGGUACUCCUUUCCUUUAUUUUCCUCUAUAAAAAAUAUUUUUUUGUUUGCAGAAGCAAGGAGGACCGGAGAAUGGAGAAGAUGUGCUUAGAUUUCAUAAACAAAAGGGUUGAUAAAUGUCUACAGCACAAGUCGAGAUAUGAGCAAAACAAGGAGUUUGCAGCAAUCAAGACACACCUUCCGCUCAUCCCAUUGAAGAUGACUCGAUCUAAUGCUGUUUUUCUUUAUACAUAUAGAAAGCCAUAUAUUGUUAUCAAGAGAUGUAUUGCACCGGGAACGCCUGGACUUGAAGAAGACGAAAUUAUGAAGUCUCUUGACCAUGACCAUGUUGUGAAGUUUCUUAAAUCAUUUAGGGAGAAAUAUGUGAACCUUAGAGAAGAGGAAGAGACGAUUAUCUGGAUAUUUAUGGAGCAUAUGGACAGUAAGGUGUCCCAAGAUGUUGUAAAGGGGAACGAAAACAAGAUAAGAGAGAUAGCUAAGGGGAUAUUACAUGGGCUUAAGUAUCUUCAUGGAAUGGGAAUAGCGCAUCUUGACUUAAAGAUUUCGAAUGUUAUGGGAAAGGAGACGAAGGAUGGAAUUGUAUAUAAGAUCAUUGAUUUUGGAUUUGCUAGGAAACUUGAGCACCCAAGUGACAAUGCUGAGAUCCAGAUUCCUUCGAAAAGUUUUGGGACAUAUCCAUACAAGCCGCCUGAAACGUCGCAACUGAAUAUGCAUGGAGUGAAGGGAGACAUAUGGUGCUUAGGUGCUAUAGUAUGGUUUCUGUCUCGAAGGCAAACGCCAUUCUAUUUCGAUGAUGGGCGGAAGAAUCUAGAGGAAUGGAGGAUGUUCAUACGAGGGAGAUUGCCUAUUUCUUUCAAACCCAAUUCAUCACCUGCAUUGAGAGAUUUUGUGAAGAAAUGCAUGAACUUUGAUAGAUUUGCAAGGCCUAAUGCCUCCGAUCUUCUUGAACAUCCUUUUAUUACAGGAAUGCCAAUGAAGAUGGCUUCCGAAGACCUAAAUGAGAUGAGUGAAGAGUUUUCGUCCAGCUCAGAAUACGGUAGUAUGGAGUCCGAGGAUUAA